CAAGGUUCUUAUGUUGAUUUUUUCCGGGGAUUAGACUUUUGAGGAUCUUAUCUAACAGAUAAUGGACGUGCAUUACCAUUAACCCUGUGGGGAUGUGAUGGUUUGAUAGAUACAUGUGCUUUUUAAAACUUCAACAACAAUAAUUAAAUUACUGGCCACCCUUAGAGUUAGAAGGCUGGUUGGCUCAUAUCCACAUUUGACCUGUAAUUGUAAUUCGCUCACAUACCCUAUGCUCACCCUAAUAAAAGUAGCCUCUCCAUGAACAGAUUUUCUACAGCUCGAGCAAUGUGUAAUUUCUACUUCUCUCUAAUAUUUGAGUAAAUAAAAAGACAAGGCGAUUGUGUGUUUCUACCAUGUUUUGCACUUCUUACUAUGCUGGUUUAAUGGCAGGGCAGCAACAAGUUAUGCUUGGGCAGUAAAUUGGUCAAUGCUUAAUUGACUUCCAGGUAUUCACCAUGGAGCGUGCAUGGUUCUAUUCUGGGUAAAAUGGUUGUUGAGGUUAAUUCCCUCAACCAAAAGGUCUAACACGAUGCCUUUCGUGAUUAGUGACUCGGGAUGUUCAGAAAUAUAAGUUGAAUGCACGAUCAAGACGUAUUUUGCUUUAUCAAUCGCUAUCGUAGUGUUUACAUCAGGGGCAGAGCUAGAGGGUGGCCAACCUAGGCCUUGGCUCACUCGUAAUUUUAAAAAUUCUUUAAUUGUUAAGGUAAAAAAAUUAUUGUAAUUUUUUUUCCAUAACAAAAUCUCUGUCUGUAUCGGCUCAGUGCCUUUGCUCUAUCCUUGGUUUACAUUAAAGGAUAUUAAAUCCUGUUGAAUGCUGGAAACCAACCCCUUUUAUAUUCCGAGUUAUGAGGAGGUAUUUAUAGCAAGUCCGGGUAGUUGUGUUCGAUGAUGUGCCUCCUUUCUAUUGGCGGAGCCACCCCAUUGCCAAAUCCUGUCAUAUCCUUUGAAUUAAAAUGUUCUUCCCUCCUAUUUAACGUUUCCCUCCAAUUACCUUGGCGUGGGCUGUACUGCUCUUAGCACCACAUGCACAAAUGGCAAGACUGUUUGACUUCCAUCCAGGUCGAGUGUCUAUUUUCGGAAUGUAGAUGUCAUGAGGCUCACUCUUUUGUGGGCACCACAUAGCCUGGUUGGGGGCGCUCGCUCUCUCCUUUGGUCCUUCAUGCGGGACUCUCAGGCUCUGCCCCUUUCUAAGUCCUCCCCGACUUCAAAAUCCUCCCCGGCUUCAAGUGUGCGCAGUUUUGGUUUUUGUACCUUUGGGAGGUAAGGUAGGGGUAAAUAAUCACCAUUACAUAAAUAAUCAGGAAAUCAUAAUUAUGAUUCUAGAUGAUAAUUGUGUGGUUCACAAUUAUCCUCUAAUCCUAUGAAGCUUAACUUUUCUCCUAUAAAUAGGAGGCUUCUCCAUUGUAAUUAACACACUUCUUAAACACCAUUAUCACACUUCUAAUAACAUCUUUCUCACUAAGUAUUCAGACUAUAUUUCUCUCCCUGAUCUUCUGCUUAUUUCCUUCCAUAUUAUAACACGUUAUCAGCACGAAUUUGCUCCAAAUCCCUGAAAUCACCAUCUUCCUAGCAGGUAUAUACUUUCUGGAAUUUAUCAAUUCACCUGAAAAGAAAAACAGAGGUUGAGAAGUAUGACCAUGCUUAUAUAUAUUCAAAACUAUAAGAAGUAUGCUCUAUGGUUGCCCAAGAAUAGGGAUCCUCCAUAUCAGAAAAUUAUAGAUAUAUUUUCUCUAAACAAAGAUGAAGGGAAAAAGGAUAAACAAUUAAACAUACAUUUAAUCAGUAUUAUUUUUAAAUAUACUACUCCUUGAUUAAAAUCUUAACUUUUACUUCCGGAUAUGAUGAAUUUACAUCACGUCUUGAUUCUCACUUAAAUAUGUAUAUAUAUAAAUAUAUAUACUUCAUAUAUGAUAAUAUGAUGUUUAGGAGGUAGUAUUAUUUAUUGGAUUAAUGAAGAAAUAAAACUUACCUUGUAAAAUAUGGAGUUCGAACUGUGAAGUAUCUGUUUUUUUUUCUCCAACUCCUUUUGCUCUUUACUAUCUCAUGUCUCGGAAAUUCUAAACUACAAAGAAGAAGAAAAUAGCACUUGCGUAUUUUACAAAAGAUAACAUGAACUGUUGAUAAGAACCAUAGAUAUGCAUCUACUUUUAUACACGUACUCCGUAUGCUUAUUACUCCAUAUGUCAUAUACUCAUAUGUGUGGAGACAGCUCAUGUAUGAGCUUAAGCAUACGAAGUAUUAAAAAAUUAUAUAUAUAUAUAUAUAAAGUAAGAAGAAGAGAGGUGAUGAGAGAAAAUUAGAAAGUUGCUUGCUAUAUAUUCGAACAUCAUUGAAUUGAUGUAUAAACAAAUAUAGCUGGUAGUCAGUCACGGUCCAUACAAGUAGAUAAGAGCAUUUAUUUUACUUGUCUCCUUCCUUUGUGAAGACACUCACAUAAUUGAUACUAGUAUAAUAAAUAUAUGUAUGUGAGGAUCGAAGAUAAUACGCAGUAUAUGUAAUAUAUAUCCAUGAAACCAACUCACGGGUCUGUAACAUUACUGCAUAUUAGACAUUUUUUUUUGUUCUCAUAUGUAGUACAAUGCAGAGUGUAUGACACAUCACAUGAUCAUUAAUUUACAUAGCCAUUAUAUCUUUGAAGUGGGUCCUAAUUCAAAUUUCUUUUACCUACAAAUAAAACUAAUUUAUACGGAGUACUGCUUUGUUAGUCUUUAAAUAAUACUACUAUACGUAUGGAGCAAUAAAAUCUUCCUUGAUGGGUUUAAUUUGUUUUGUUUCAAAAUUCCCAAUAUGUAUGUUUAUAGUAAUUAUACUAAAUUGAGUUAUGAGUUUAUAUAAUACGGAGUACAUAGCAUGUAUGUAUAUGUAUUGACUACUCCGAACUAAGACAUCAAUAAUUUUGGACUUGUCUUGACAUUAUGGAUGUUUAUUAUUACUCCCUUAUUUGGUUUUCAUUCACCGAAAGUGAACCCAAAAACAGCAUGUUGUUCCAUCUCGUUAAAGUUUAAAAAACGGAUGAACUAAAAUUACUUGAGAAAUGGACUGUUGUGUAAUACCGAGUAUGUAUAUUGUUAAAUCCAAGACAACAAUUUAUCCAUCAAAGCGAUUUAGUUACUAAACUAUAAAAUACCUUUCAUUAGGGUUUUUCAUCAAAACAAUCUUUCAACGAAAAACUAUCAACAUAAGUUUUGUACUUUAGGGACCUUUGGUUAUCAAGUUGCAAGGUCUCUUAUUGUUAAGAUGGACCCCUUAACAAUUGGUAUGACAGUAACUUCAUCCAAACGGUUAUUAUGUACGUUUCUGUCGAAACCGGGAAUAACCCCCUAUAUAUAACAACACUCAUGAUUGUUUUUGACCCAAAAUGAUGAGGUAGAAUUGAAUUAAUAAGAAGUAAAUAUGUCAUCUUAAUUACUUCUCUUAUUAAAAGUCAGAAUAUAGUACCUCACUUUAUUUUCUCCUUGACGGGAGUAUAUUUCAAAAUAAAAUUUUAUAGUGCUUAUUUUUAACGUGAAAAUUAUGCACAAUUAAAUGUACUAUUAAGUGAAGUACACUUUAUAUUACAAUAUUGAACUAAUAUUUGUUCAUUUUUAUCUUCGCGAAGAUAUGGAGUUAACUAAAAUUUCUCCAAGUGGCUCUGAACAAUGUCUAAUAGACAGUGCCACAACGCACACCAUUUUGAGACAUAGAGAUUAUUUUUCUCAUAUGACAUUAGUUGAUGCUAAUGUCAAUACAAUCUCAGGUGUUGCUAAACUCAUUGAAGGUUCUGGAAUAGCCUGUGUGAUUCUCCCAAAAAGGACAAAAUUAAUAAUUAAAGACGCUUUAUACUCCCGUAAAUCACGGAGAAAUCUUUUGAGCUUUAAAGAUUUGCGUCUAAAUGGUUUUCAUAUUGAAACCAUGUCUGAAAAUCAGAAGGAAUAUUUAUGUCUAACGACAAAUAGAUCUGGCAAUAAAUACAUUUCUGAAAAAAUGCCAGCAUAUUCCUCGGGACUGUAUUAUACAUAUAUCAGUCCAAUUGAGAUAAAUGUGGUAUCUAAAAUUUAUGACCACAAUUCCUUUAUCUUGUGGCAUGACCGUUUAGGUCAUCCAGGCAGCACUAUGAUGCACAAAAUUAUUGAAAAUUCACGUGGAAAUUCAUUAACUAAUGACAAGAUUCCACAAUCAAGUGAUUUUCCGUGCACUGCCUGUUCUCUUGGCAAAUUAAUUAUCAGGCCAUCUUUAUACAAAAUUGGAGUUGAAUCUCCUGCAUUUUUAGAAAGAAUUCAAGGAGAUAUUUGUGGGCCAAUUACCCCUCCGUGUGGACCGUUUCGAUAUUUUAUGGUGCUCAUUGAUGCAUCAACACGUUGGUCACAUGUCAGUCUUUUAUCGACUAGAAAUUUUGCAUUUGCAAAUCUUCUUGCUCAAAUUAUUCGUUUGAGAUCACAAUUUCCGGAUUAUUCGAUAAAGAAAAUCCGACUUGAUAAUGCAGGAGAAUUUACAUCCCAAUCUUUUAAUGACUAUUGCAUGUCAAUUGGGAUUGAUGUGGAACAUCCAGUUCCACAUGUACAUACACAAAAUGGUCUUGCCGAAUCCUUAAUUAAGCGAUUACAAUUAAUUGCUAGACCAUUAUUGAUGAAAUCCAGAUUACCAUCAUCUGCAUGGGGAUAUGCUAUAAUGCAUGCUGCAAAUUUAAUUCGGCUUAGGCCAACGGCAUAUCAUAAAUUUUCCCAAUUACAAUUAAUAUCUGGUAAAGAACCAAAUAUAUCACACCUAAAAAUAUUUGGUUGUUCUGUGUAUGUACCAAUUGCUCCACCUUAUCGUACUAAAAUGGGUCCUCAAAGAAGGCUGAGAAUUUAUGUUGGUUUUAAAUCACCCUCAAUUAUUAAUUAUCUAGAACCUAUGACCGGUGACUUAUUCACCGCGCGGUUCGAUGACUGUCAUUUUGAUGAGACAGUAUUCCCAACCUUAGGGGGAGAUAUUAAAGAAAUGGACCCACGUACGAAAGAUAUUACUUGGAAUGCAACAAAUUUAUCUUUUCUUGAUUCUCGCACAAAUGCUUGUGAACAAGAAAUUCAAAAGAUUAUUCAUUUACAAAAUGUUGCAAACCAAUUGCCUGAUGCUUUCACAGACUCAAAGAAAGUAACAAAGUCACAUGUUCCAGCUAUGAAUGCUCCUUCUCGAAUAGAAAUUCAUGCGGAGAUUAGCGAAAGAACACUUGCUAAUGAAUCUAUGAUACGUAAAAAACGUGGUAGACCACUUGGUUCAAGAGAUUUGAAACCAAGAAAAUUUAAACAACAAGUUGUAGUUUGUGAUGCCAAAGAAGUUCAACCUUCUCAAGAAGAAAAUGAACAUUUUGAAAAUAUCGGCCUUGAAGAUAACAUCAAUAAUAAUGAUACCUCAAAAGAGGAUUCAAUCACCUUCGAAGAGGUAAAUAUUCCAGAUAAAGAUAGAAACGUCGAUAAUUUUGAAAUUUCAAUUAAUUACGUUUCUAAUGGAAUACAAUGGAAUAGAAAUGAUAUUGAUGUUAAUGAUAUAUUUUCAUAUGCCAUCGCCACAGAUAUAAUGAAUGAACACGAUGACAAUGAGCCUAAAUCUAUUGACGAAUGUCGUCGUAGAAAUGAUUGGCCAAAAUGGAAUGAAGCAAUUCAGGUAGAAUUAAAAUCGCUAGAAAAGCGUAAUGUUUUUGGACCAAUUGUCCAUACGCCAAAAGGCGUAAAACCUGUCGGUUUUAAAUGGGUUUUUGUGCGUAAACGCAACGAGAAAAAUGAAAUCGUUAGAUACAAAGCCCGACUUGUUGCCCAAGGUUUUUCUCAAAUGCCAGGAAUCGAUUAUGAUGAGACGUAUUCUCCAGUAGUUGAUGCUACAACUUUAAGAUUUUUAAUUGGCAUGUCUGUUUUUGAAAGGCUGCAAAUGCGCCUCAUGGAUGUGGUGACCGCAUAUUUAUACGGUUCACUCGAUACAGACAUAUAUAUGAGAAUUCCUGGAGGCUUUAAAAUACCUGAUGCUUAUAGCUCGAAAUCUCGAGAUUUAUUUUCCAUAAAAUUGCAAAAGUCAUUAUAUGGAUUAAAACAAUCUGGACGCAUGUGGUAUAACCGUCUCAGUGAAUAUUUGAUUAAAGAAGGGUAUAAAAAUGAUCCUAUUAGUCCAUGUGUUUUCAUUCAGCGAUCCGAAUCAGGAUUCGCCAUAAUUGCAGUAUAUGUUGAUGAUUUGAAUAUAUUCGGAACUCCCAAUGAAAUUGAAAAUACUGCAAAAUAUCUCAUGAAAGAAUUUGAAAUGAAAGACCUUGGGAGAACAAAAUUUUGUCUCGGCAUUCAAAUUGAACAUUUGAGAAAUGGUAUUUUCAUCCACCAAUCAAAUUAUACUGAGAAACUUUUGAAGCGAUUUUACAUGGAUAAAGCACAUCCGCUCAAUUCUCCAAUGGUGGUUCGAUCUCUCAAUGUGCAUGAUGAUCCUUUCCGACCUUGUGAAGAUGAUGAAGAAAUCCUUGGUCCCGAAAUACCAUAUUUGAGUGAUAUUGGAGCAUUAAUUUAUUUGGCUAAUAAUACUCGACCAGAUAUUGCUUUUUCUGUAAAUUUAUUAGCCAGGUACAGUUCUUCCCCAACAAGAAGGCAUUGGAAUGGUGUCAAACAUAUAUUCCGAUAUCUCAAUGGUACAAUCGAUCUUGGAUUGUAUUUCAAGAAUGGUGCAAAUGCCACUUUAAUUGGCUACGCGGAUGCAGGAUACUUGUCUGAUCCACAAAAGGCAAAAUCACAAACAGGAUAUUUAUUCACCUAUGGUGAUACCGCUAUAUCAUGGAGAUCAAUGAAGCAAACAUUAACUGCAACAUCAUCCAAUCAUGCAGAAUUAAUUGCUCUUUAUGAAGCAGGUCGUGAGUGUGUCUGGUUGAGAUCAAUGAUCCAGCACAUACAAAAUGAAUGCGGUAUAAAGUCUUUUACUUCUAAUCCUACUGUGAUUUAUGAAGAUAAUACAUCAUGUAUAGCUCAGAUCAAAGGAGGUUACAUCAAAGGGGACAGAACAAAGCAUAUAGCACCAAAACUUUUCUCCACACAUGAUCUUGAGAAAGACGGAACGGUUGAUGUCAAACAAAUCAAGUCAUGCGACAACCCUGCUGAUCUGUUCACAAAGUCAUUGGCACCGAAGAAAUUUGAAGAACUGGUCCAUAAAAUUGGAAUGUAUCGUCUUCGAGAUAUAUGUUAAAUUGAGGGGGAGUAAUAUAAUGCACUGCACUCUUUUUCCCUUCGUCAAGUUUUUAUCCCACUGGGUUUUUCUUGACAAAGGUUUUUAACGAGACAGUACAUUAUAAUACUAUGAAUCUAAUACCCCAGAAUAAUUAGAAGAUGACCAUUCAAGGGGGAGUGUUGAAAUAUAAUUGAAUUAGUCAUCUUCCAACUAUUCCUGAUUAGGAAUUAUUAUCACCAUUACAUAAAUAAUCAGGAAAUCAUAAUUAUGAUUCUAGAUGAUAAUUGUGUGGUUCACAAUUAUCCUCUAAUCCUAUGAAGCUUAACUUUUCUCCUAUAAAUAGGAGGCUUCUCCAUUGUAAUUAACACACUUCUUAAACACCAUUAUCACACUUCUAAUAACAUCUUUCUCACUAAGUAUUCAGACUAUAUUUCUCUCCCUGAUCUUCUGCUUAUUUCCUUCCAUAUUUC